GUUAUUUCCUUUUACGAGAUUUUUGCUGUUUUGUUUUUUGGAUCAUCCGUUUUUGGUUGAGCUGAUGGCUCACUGAUAGAUUCCUGAGAAAAUAUGGACUCGGGCAUUGCGAGUUCCUGUACCUGUUAUUGCAACCGCUGAUCGAUUAUUGGUCUGUUUGGUUGCCGAGAAAGCCUGAGAAAGUUUUUAUUACCCACCAAGUAUUUGAUGAAAUGUGCAGAUGAAGAAACAAAUCCACUGGAAUGUGUACUUGUGAUUGGUUAGGUUGAAGAAGUAAGAAAGCAGCGUGCCACAUUCGUCCACAACCACAAUGCGUCAGAUGCGUACUCGUAGUCUUAUGAUCACACUCUACAUAAUCUGCAUCGUUAUCAGCUGCUCAAAUUCAAGCCAUGGGAACACGACAGACGGCAAAGUUUUGAAUGUUGGUGAAGAGCUGUGGAAGGAAACUCUGCCACUAAAAAUGGGUUCACGCCUUUACCAGCUUCAAGGACUGAAGCCUGAUACGUGGUACGAAGUGAAAAUAUCGUAUCCAGCUUCUAUACCUGCUAGAUUUUCCAUACAACUCAAGAGAGGGGACUUGGAAUCUGCACUGACCGGGAACAGAAGAUUACUAAAUACAGAAAAGCUGAUUUUCAAGACUGAAAGUCUUGGCUCGAACGAUCAGGGUGGCAUGUAUGUGUUGGUGAGUGUGGAGCCAGAAGGAGUUGUUGCAAUACCAAAUGUGCAGGAGAGGGAACACAUCAUUUUCAAUAUAGUUUGUGAUGAACUACUAUUGGGAAUUCCGUACAAAGCUUGGUGGGUUGUAGGCUUUGUGUUGGUGUGCUUGGUUUUGGCGUUCACCAUCCCAGCAUUUCUUCCACCCUUUCUGUUACGGCCAGUGGAUCAAAAUGCUUCUAAAGAUUCUUGAAUAUCUGGCUCAUAAAAGUGGUUGGCUUCAUCAAGUUUUGGUUAUUUCAGUAUGAUCACGCAGCUCCAUUUUGGACCAAUUGAGGCAUUGGAGUAUCUAAGAUUUCAGUUUGGUCCCGCAGUACAUUUUGAAGUAACUUCUGGGCAUUGACCUGACCUUCAUGAUUGGCUUGCAAUUCGAAUGGUGCGUUUUCUAGUUUCUCUUUUUGCUUGUUCUCUCAAAGAAGAGUAGAUGAGAUAAAGUCCUAUUAGCAUCAAAAUUUUAUGCUUUUUAAUUUUCCUUUGCGAAUUGGAUCUUGCAACUGUAGACAGAUGAGCACAUUAUCUCAAAUUUGUUAUGCACUCAGGCAAUGAAAUCACUUGAGCAGAUGUAGAUAUAUGGAUUAGCACAUUAUUUCCUCUAAGUUUUCCAUUUUUCUUGUCUAUUUUUGUUUGUCUUCCACAUCAAUCGAUGAAUGUAAUGUGAUUGAGAAUGGUGAAUUGUUAGGGGAUUUAUAGCAGAACAAAUAUUAGCUUCACAAACAAACAAAAACACCAACCGCAUUUGACAAUUUACACUCCUCCUUAAACCAACUCACGCCCACCAUUUCUAUAUAUCAAGCAUCACGAACUGCCCGUACGCAUUAGCCCUUUGCAUAGCAGCCGCAUAGUUAGAUACAUAGUUAUAUAACCAUGCCAUCACCGUCAUUGCUGCCAUGCCACAACCGCCGGAGAAAAGAAAGCCGGCUGCUAUGAGGAGCAUGACUAUCCCAGCCGGGACUAGAAUUGGACUAAACAGCACCAGGACGGGGGUAGCCAUGAUCAGGGCAAUCACCGUCCCGGUCAGAGUUAACCCGGACAAGAAUAACAGCGUGGCACCAACUGUGGCUGCGGUCAAGAGCUUGACUGUUUGGUGUGAGGGCGGAGCUGACCGGCCGUAGAGGUUCUGGGUAAUUUCUUUUGAUUGAUUCGCCAUGUUUGAUCAAGAAAUCUCCG